AUGACUCGCCACGUUAUACAUGAACAGGAUCAGUGGUUGCCCAUCACAAAUGUCAGCAAGAUUAUGAGAAAGGCAUUACCCAGCUAUGGAAAGUUGUCCAAAACGGCAGCAAAUUGUAUGCAAGAAUGUGUCUCAGAAUUCAUAUCUUUUCUUACUUCUCAAGCCGCUGAGAAGGGCUCUAUCGAACAGCGAAAGACUUUAAAUGGUGAAGAUAUUUUAUAUUCGAUGUAUUCACUUGGUUUUGAAAACUAUGCAGAGACGUUGAAGAUAUUUUUGGCAAAAUAUAGAGAAUACGAGAUUGAAGAGAGUGAGUCCAGAAGAGAGAAGUAUCUCAAAAGAAAAGAAAGGAAAAGACUAAAGAUGCUUCAAGAAAACGAAAAGGACAUACCUCUAGUUGAACAUUCGCCAAGCGAGAUUACUUAG